AGCUUGAAUAGCAAAAUGUCCGAAUCGACCGACUUAGAGUGCGCCAACUCAAAAUCCAUGUUGAUUGGAGUCCAUCACGUGGGUGUGACAGCCAAAAUAAAGUCUCCACUCAAGAAGGUCCGCCCCCGCAUGGAAAUGUCCAGCGAAUCUGACAUUUUCCAAAAUGUCAAGAUCAAGACCCAAUACAACGCGUUCAAAAAUGAUCAACUGACAGAGACCACAGUUUCGGACCACAGCUCCCCGUCCGCUUUGUACAAGAUGCGGGCCGAACCAGAGAAAUUGUUGCUGGGCACCGGGAAGGAAAAGCCGGAGCGCAUUGAGUUCGAGCGCUAUUCGAAGAGGCGCCCCCGCGUCUUUGUUCCCCUUCGUGGUCGUGCCAGAGUCCCCCAGAGGGCAAAGUUGAACAAAGCAUCCCAGGCGCAUCCCAUGAAUACAGGCCUUGUCAACCGCCUGAUGUACUCCUUGGACAACAUGUGCAAGUGUCAGCCGCAGCACUCGCACAGCAUUAUCGACGAUCUGCCCGAGCCGAACUGGAACAAGAAGGAGGAGUCGCGUCACACCUGCAUCGGUAUCUAUCCGUUCGAGCACGGCUGUGCAGAUUACCUGACCACCACGGACACCCAUCCCAGGAUCAAUGCCAUUGUCCUGGCCGACCGGGCCACCACCUACGCCACCCACUUCUGGGCGGAGCUGUUCGGACUCCUCCACAUCGUCGUGGCCUUUGUGGUGGCCUUCAUUCUGCAGGGCUACCGAUUCGUUCUCUACUCCCUGGUCAACACCCUCAUUGUGGGCCUGUUGCACUUGACCUCCGACUACCUGCUGAAGCCCGUGCUGACCACGCUCUUCAAUGGUUUCCUGCAGCCGCCUUUGAUCUUUGUGUACAACAUCCUCUGCUCCAUGCGUGACAUUACGGAGCCUUUGGGUGACGGCCUCGGACAUUUCCUGAAGCCACUGGCCACUGUAUGCGGGAGCAUUCGACUGAUCGAUGUCAACAACCGCCUUGCCCGACGAUUAUCCAAAGAUGUUUGAUUUUUCCACGU